GAGAGGACACAGAUCACAAGACCUGUGAUGCAGGCUGACUUAAAAACGCUCCAGCAACUCUCUCUCAGCAGGAGUCUUUGAUUGAAUCUGCCUCCACUGAGCUCAAGGCUAGAAGACUGUCUAUCUACAAUUUUGUUUUAAAAACGACAAAAAUAGAGAACAGAGUGAUGGCUGAAAAUUCUUAGGAGGAUUUUCCACCUGCAGCCCAGGAGAUUGUCCUAAGUCUUGUGGCGUGGGAGGGUGGUAACCAUGACGACUGCAGAGCCACCUAACGGACUGUGGCGCCGAAACAUCAGAGCCCGUCAGUCAGAUGAGGUCUCUGGUCAGGCUGGAGACCAUGAUAAUUCACAAGAGGAAGAUCUAAGACAGUGGCAGAAACAUGCACAGAAGGUGAAGAUGAAAGUCCUGGAGCAGGUCCAGGAUCAGCUCAGUGAUUUACUGGACAAAGCACUGACUGAGUCUGUCCAGCCUUUUACCCGACUACAGCCAACAGUUAAUGGAAAGACGACAAUAAACCCCUCAUCCAGAUCUCAGAGAAUGGUUGAUGGCAAAGUGUUCAUGGCCAGACCGUCGCUGUUGGACGAACUGUUUGAGAUCAACCACAUCAGGACCAUCUACCACAUGUUCAUCGCUGUACUCGUCAUCUUCUGUUUGAGCACACUGGCUGUGGACUACAUUGACCAGGGCAGGUUGGUCUUGGAGUUCGACAUUCUGUUCUGGGCCUUUGGGAAGGUGGGAACAGUCACCUGGGCCUGGUUUGUGAUGUUUGUCUACACCCUGCUCGCUCCUUACUACACGCUGGUGUUUUGGGGAUCUUUGUACCACAGCUCACCCUCUAAGUUGGGGCUGUCUCUCGGCACAGGCCUGGUCCUAUCUGCAGUGCAGACCUGCGUACUGGGACUGUUCCCCAUCUACGUGGCUGUGCACUACCAGCUGCCUCCGGCCUCGCGGUUCAUUGUGAUACUGGAGCAGAUUCGAUUCCUGAUGAAGAGCUACUCGUUCAUAAGAGAAACCGCUCCUGUUAUCAUGAAGAAUCCAACGAAGGAAGGAGAAAGUCCCAGAUUACCAACAUUUUCCAGCUAUCUGUACUUCCUCUUCUGUCCAACACUCAUCUACAGGGAAUCAUAUCCUCGGAAUACGCACAUUAGAUGGAAGUACGUUGGCAUCACACUUGGAAUGAUCUUAGGAUGCCUGUUUUACGGCUACUUCAUCCUGGUGCGGCUCUGCGUGCCUGUCUUCAGACCUGAGACCAACCAGCCGUUCAGUAAACGAACGAUGGUUCUUGCUGUGUUCAACUCAAUAUUACCAGGUAUAAUGCUCCUUCUGUUGUGUUUCUUUGCCUUCCUGCACUGCUGGCUCAACCUCUUCGGGGAGCUGCUGCGUUUUGCUGACAGAAUGUUUUACAAGGACUGGUGGAACUCGACAUCUUUCGCCAACUAUUACCGAACCUGGAACGUAGUGGUUCAUGACUGGCUCUAUUACUAUGGAUACAGAGACUUCCUCUGGCUGUCGAAAAGGAAAUUCCGAACAGCUGCCAUGCUCUCUGUGUUCAUCGUCUCUGCUGUUGUCCACGAGUACGCCUUCACCAUGGGUUUUGGCUUCUUCUAUCCCGUCAUGUUCUGUCUCUUUGCCAUCUUUGGAGUGGUGUUCAACUUCACUAUGAACGACAAGCGCCAGAGCCCUGUGUUCAAUGUCAUCAUGUGGGCGUGUCUCUUCCUCGGUCAGGGUGUCCAGGUGUGUCUCUACUGCCAGGAGUGGUACGCUCAGAUACACUGCCCUCGGAAAGAGAAUAGCUUCUGGGAGUUGGUGACGCCGCGAUCGUGGUCGUGCAGCUACCAGAGAUGAUGCUGCCUCCCUGCUGGGCUGAUAAAUCAUGAGAGGGUACAGGGUCAGAAAAUGACAAAGGACUGAACACAGGAGAGAAAGAAACUUUGAAGACAUGUAAAUAUGUAUGUUUUUUCAGUUUUUAGUGUGUAAGUUUUUCUUUGGGUCAAGAUUUGACUGUCCCUUUUUUUCUUUAUGUUGUUAUUCAGGGCUGGUGUUACCCAUAAUAUCACCUCUGAAAUAUUCCAAGUUUGUGUUUGUAUGAUAGUGUUAAAUAAUGUUUAAAGGAGCUGUAUGUGACAUUCAGAGCAUAUCUAUGAUUCAGAAUCUGAGCCAGGAUUGCUUGCACAUGGCUCUCAACAUGGAGACGGCUAAGCCGGUGGCUAGUAGCUAACAGUGCUAAUAACACAGUCAGUGUGAACAAUGGCAACAGUGCUGACAAUAGCGUUCACCACUGUGGGUCAGGACGGUGUUAUCAGUGAUAACCACCGCAGUGUGUGAACUAAAACAUGGCUUUCAGGGGAGCUCACUUUUUUUUACGGAGGAUGGGGGGCACUUGCAUAUGCCUCAAAAGAGAGGACUGAUUGUGACUCUUGUUACAAAUAAAACAUUUUGAACAGCUGAAACCAAGUAGGCCUAGUUGCUCUGGUAUGUUUGCACAUGUGAUCUGAGAAGUUGUUUUGUUUUUUUCCCUGAUGUUUGAGUUGAAGUGAGGGAGGUUAAUUGUGCCACCACGCUUUGGAUGUGAUGUCAUGAAUAGCAUGCAUGUAUUUCAUAUUUUUAUUAGAGCAAAUUAGUGAUGACUCACCCUUGUGCUUGGACCACACAUCAGUAACAGUAAUUUUAUGAAUUUCCCAUGAUGAUGACGAUAUGGAAAUAUAGCAGUGCUUGGCAAAAAUAGCAUAUUGUCAAUAUAUCAAAGACAGCUAAAAAAAAAAAAUGAACAAAUCAUGUUUACGGGUGAGCUCAUGCCUUAUUAAGAGAAGCCAAGCUCCUCCCUGGCUCCACUGUAGUUUGCACCCUGAACCGCAGUAUGAGCGCAGUGCAGAGAGGUGGCGAUUAGCUUACCAUUGGGACACACUCACAGGGACUCAACUCAUGCACUAACAUGUACGUGCAGCUGAACCAGUUUACCACAAAAAAGAACAGGGAAGCUGGGAUUACAACACACAAAGGUAGUGUGACUUCAUUUUCUGCUCAGGACACCAUUACUCUACUAUAUCUUCACAUGGCAAAUAGCCGUUUGCUACUUUAUUAAUGCUCUGAAUGUCAUAUACCAGGGGUGCCAAACUCAUUUUAGUUCAUGGGCCACAUACAGUCCGAUUUAAUCGCAGGUGGGCCUGACCAGUAAAACCAUUGCAUAAUGUCCUAUAAAUAUCAAACACCUCUGAAUUUUUACCUUUUUUUGUUGAAAGAAGUACAUUUUGAAAAUGCUAAUCAUUUACAACACAGCUGACAACCUGUGAUGUCUUCAGAAGAAUAAAUGCAAUUUCAACAAUAUUUCUCACUCAGUUUUUCCACAUUUAGUCAGUCAACUACUCACUGCCAUUACAUAUGUAUUUCUCUGUACAUUUCCACUCCACUGUAGUAAUCCUGACAGCACCACACAAAACUAAAGAGAAAGAAAAGCCUCUGAAGCAGCAUUUUACAUGAAGAAAGCCACUCACUGUUUAACUUGCUCCUGAAACCUGGCACCUCUUAGCCUUCACAAGUUCAUCACUAUUAGGUGUGCAAGGUCAGGGCCAGAUUGGACCCUUUGGCGGGCGGAUCUGGCCCCCAAGCCGUGUGUUUGACACCCCUGUCGUAUACAGUUCCUUUAAUAAUUCAAGCUGUGUAAAACUUUCUUUAAAAACUGUUGUAAUUAACAGAUUUUUUUUUUU